UUAUUUCAGGAGUUUCAAAAUGGAUAUCCCGUUGUAUUUGUUUUUUAACGUUGAACUAGACCUGAAUAUUGUUGAAAAUAUAGGGGUUAAUCUUGCUAGACCGCUGCUGUUAUUAGCCAUAGAACCACAACAGCAACAGGCGAGAAAUGAAAAUUAUUUUGAACAAAUAAUACCAAGUUAUAGUGAUGUCCAAUUCUUUGAACAUUUUAGGAUGUCGAGGGAAUCUGCAGAGGCAAGCUUGGCAGUCAGUAAUUUUAUGUAAUUGCAACUGAUUUUACCCUUUACAAUAUAUUUUAGGAAUUAGUGCAUAUUGUAGGAAAUUUAUUUGAUAACCCGAAUGAAAUGGCACCGUUACGAAAAAAAUUACUAUAUACUAUCUGCGUGUUAAGCAAGCAAGAGAGUUUUCUUGCAACUGGCGAUAGAUUUAAUCUUGCUGUAAGCACAGGCCACGCUAUUUUUAAACAAAUUAUUAUGGCUUUAGCUAGUUUGAUGCCACAGUUGGUGAUCUGGCCUGAAGAAAACUCAUAUGAAGCUUUAUCUGCUAUUUUUCAGAAUAAGACACAUGGAUUUUCUGGGAUACUUUGUGCCAUUGACGGAUGUCAUAUUCCCUGCAAACAACCAAUUGCAAAUAAAGUAGAUUAUUAUAACAGGAAAGGAUUCCAUUCUAUUAUUUUACAAGGUACAUGUGACCAUAGGGGUAGAUUUAUAGAUAUAUAUAAUAUAUUGGUAGUCCUGGAAGGAUGCAUGAUGCAAGAGUUUUUAGAAAUAGCCCUUUGUUUGAACCUAUUACAGAGAGGAAUUUAAUUCCAUCUCAUUAACACCUACUAGGUGAUGCAGCAUAUCCUUUAAAAGUAAAUGUUAUGACUCCUUUUAGAGACACAGGUCAUUUAACACCAGCUCAAACAAAUUUUAACAUUAAAUUGAGUUCUGGUAGAUCAAUUAUUGAACGGGCAUUUGGACACUUGAAGGGAAGGUUCAGGAGAUUAAAGUACCUCAAUAUAAGUGAUUUGGAGCUGGGCAAAAAUAUGAUAGCAGCUGCUUGUGUGGUACACAAUUUUAUUUUAAAUCAAAAUUAUGGAGGCAUGGAAGAUGAUAUGGAGAGAGAAAAUGUAGAUGCUAUGGAAAACUUUGUACACGAUCAACAAGGUGAAGAACCUGCUUACGUAGAAAUGGCUGCAGUUGAAAAACGCAAUAGGAUUAUUACUUUAUUAUAACAAAAUAUGUAUUUACAUUAAUA